UACGUUAUCGAUAGUAUCGGUUUGGCUUAACAUAGAUCAUAAAAACUGGUCAAAUAUCAAUAUUUUAAAUUUAAAAAUAGUUUAUUUAGUAAAUUUGAUACUUAUUUUUGCAGUUUAUACAAGCCUGAACAAAGCGAAUAAUUUUUUUUUGAAUAAAGAAUACUUUUCACAAGGAGUGGUAACCCUGCCACAUUGUUUACAAAAUGACCAAAGCAAAUAAAACUCCUCAAAAAUCCUGCGAGCCAAAUUCGAAUUCCCCAUUGACUCCAGUGCGGUAUCUGGACAGCCCAAGACACCAAUCGCCCACAAGUCAUGAUGCAAAUUUGGCCACCUGCAGAACGCGGCUGGAGUCCUUGGUAAAACAGAUCCAGGAUAACUAUGCCAAAUGGAAACUAGCCCAGCAACGUGGAACAUCAAUUUGCUAUACAAUCGAAGCCAAGAAAACAAAGAGCCUGGAGAACGAAAAGAGUACAUCGUAUCCAGACGAUCUUAUUUUGCCUUGCAAUAAGUUGGCUAUUAUAGCCUCGAUAUUUGUGGAUAUAGCCAACAAUACGAGAGAGAUUUUAAGGCAAUUAAGAGCUCUUUGCAAAAUGCCAGGAGCUGCUGCCGAUACGACAUUUUAUAAGUCUUGGAAACUUCCUCAAUUUGUGGCAUUUACGAAUGAGUUAUCAGAAAGAUACGCACAAGAGGCAGUAAUUAAGAAAAGAGUGGCGGAAAAUAUAGCCCAUUCAACGGAUAGAAGUGAACUCAUUAGCCACACAACUUUUUGGGAGUUCCCUGAACACGUAGAUUCUUAUGUGCAACUUGGUUUUCUUAUACUGGCUGAAGAAGUCAGUUUAAAAUAAUAAAAUAUUCAAAUAACAUUAA